GACUACGAUCUGCUAUAAACCCCUUGAAGACAUGCACGUCCUAUGCCGUAUGGUGGCGCGUCGAUCAGAUGAUCUGAAAAGAAUUAUUUUUCCUCGUCUCCCUGCCGACUUGAGUCUUCACACACCGCCUAUUUCUAUAAAUCUUUCACCGCUGUUACAAGAAAAUAGCUGCCAAAAAAGAGCGGUAAAAAUCAGUAUCGUCCUCUCUUCUCUGUUAACUGUGCUGCAGAUACUUAUGAGUUAUGAUACUACAGUUCUUCUUGAAAUGCCGCGAUGUGUAAUUAUUGGCUGCAGAAAUGGUUACAAGAACAAAAUUGUGCUAGCUUCAAGAACUGACAUUGUCGAAAAGGAAAGUAAAUUCACAUUAUUUUACAAACCAAGUGAUCAAAAUGUCUCGAAAGUAUGGGAAGACAAAAUUCCUAAAGAAGACGGAGCUGUUUUACCAAAUCGUUACGCUGUUUGUCAUGAACACUUUGAUGAAUCUCAGAUAAUCAAAAGUGAUGUUACAAUCAUCAAUGGGGAGGAAAUUAAAUUGCCAAGAAGGUGGAAAUUAGUCGUGGGUGCUUUCCCAACAAUCUUCACAGGAACUCCCGUAGAGUUGUUUCUCAAAAAGGCUGUUAGAAAACCUCCAACAGUUCAAUUACCUCUUGGAAACAUCACCAACUACACAACACACCAUUAUGGAGCAUUGAAGAAGGAACGUACUGUUAAAAAAAAAGGAUCAACACACGAUGGGGCCAAUCAAGAUGUAGACACAAAUUCUGCUGAUUCUUUGUUAAAGGAAAAACAGCAAGAAGAACAAGUAGAAUUUGAUGAACUGGAACCAAAAAACAAACAAUUUUCUGCUGAUGAAGCACGCCACGUUGAAUUACCUUCAAGUUCUUGGUAUGUCAGUAACCCCACUGCGGAUAGCUGUAAUUUUUUCGAAGUUGUGGCUAAAGAUGGAACUACAAGAAUUGAAAAGGAUGUCAACAUUGAUUUUAAAAAUCUAACAGUUUCCGUAACCUAUCACUCAAGAAAAGUUCCGAGUUUCGAGGGAUCGUGGUUUCCAAGUACUUCAAAGGAUAUGGAAGCAUCGUUGCUUAGCAUACACAAAUCGAAAAUAUGUCCUGGCAUUAUGCACAACCCAUUAAAGCAUCCACAUCAUUCAACAGUAGUUCGCAAUGGAAAUCUGAUUACUAAUAUUUGGAGAGCUAACAGCUGUAGGCUUAUGAUUGCCUCCAACGAAGAAACAAAGAAAACCUGUCCUUGUUGUAAAUUACUGGACCUUUCUUUAAGGAAACAAUUAAAACGCCAAAAAACUGUGAAAGACCAUACUAAACUGAAUCACCGCUACAUGAGUCUAAAACAAUUAGCCAAGAAAGUGAGGCAGACAGGAAAAAAUGAAUCGCAGUUAAAAAUAAGACUCGAGAAAAAAAACAUUCAAAUCAAAGAACUAAAAUUGAAGAUAAAGGAACUUCGCGUUGAAAUCGCAUCCAUUAAGAAAGAUAAACUUCAAUCGAUUCUUGACGAACUAGAUGAUAAGGGUAAGCUGGUUGUUAAAACAAUUGUUACAAAAGCAAGAUGCAGAGACAAACAUUGUCGGGACAUGAGGUAUGACGUCGAAUGGUUGUUGGAAUGUUUACUAAUAAGAGUAAAAAGUCCGGCCACUUAUGAGCAUCUUAGAAUCAAUAACAUCAUACCCCUUCCAUGCAAAGACACACUUAGGAAGAUGACCAGUAGCCUCGCCUGUGAAUUUGGCUUUAAUGACUUCGCCAUUGAGUGUAUAAGAAAACAUUUUAAGAACAAAUCACUAACAGAGAGAUAUGGUUCACUAAUGUGGGAUGAAAUGAGUAUCAUGCAAGAUAUUCGUUUUGACAAAAACAGUUUCCAGUAUAAGGGAUUUACGUAUUUAUACACAAUAUUUAUUAUACGUACUUAUAACAAUACGUAUUUAUACACUGAUUUUGAAGAAGAUGAAACCAAUUUCUCUGCUCUUGAUGAAGACUGGGUUGAAGACGAAGAUAAUGAAGAUGGAAGCACUCAAGAAACAUCAACCACCCAUUUAGCUGACCAUGCGCUUGUUCUAGUAUUCAGACCCUACAGAGCUAGAUGGAUUCAGCCUAUAUCUGUUUUUGCCUCAAAAAGCGCAGCUUCUGGUGUAGAAUUACAAAAAAUCGUCAUGAAAGCAUUAGUUAUCCUAGAAGAGGUAGAUGCACGAGUUCUCACUACAGUGUGUGACGGUUCUUCCCCAAACAAUUCACUUUGGACUGCGUUUGGAAUUUCCGGAUCAAAUACUGACAAAGUAUGCAUGAAGAAUUCAAUAAAGCACCCUACCGCAGACACAAAUAUUUAUUUCUUGAGAGAUGCUCCUCACUUAUUUAAAUGCAUUCGCAAUCAUAUCUUCAAUCACAAAGAUGUCCAAGCUUCCGGAAAAACAAUUAAGUAUUCGGACCUACUGAAUUUAUUUAAACAUGAUACAGUAAGGUGUAGUUAAUACCCCACUAGUUGACCUAGUUAUUAGACUUUCUAGAAAAUAUAACAAGCGGAGAGAACAAGUCUCGG